GUCACACGGUUUGACGUAUGAUGACAGGCGGUGAGUGAAUGAAUGCAUUGAAUUGUAUCGGAGUGCAUUGUACUGAAAAAAUAGAGUAUUGCAUUAAAAAUAACAUUACAAACCAUUGCACUUGCCAAAUUAUGUCUAUGAGCGUAACCUUAACAGCGCAAUAGUCUAGAGUGCAUUAUAAUUGAAAAAUUACAUUUCCUCUGAAAAUGGAUAUCCUAGAAAGAAUUUAUCGCAACAUUCGGGGGCAGCUUUGCAACCUGCCGGCUACAGUGCCUAAAGCUGUGGAUUAUGUUAAUAAGUCAGUGCAAAAAGUGAAAAUACCACCAUUCACAAGGGACAAUGUGUUGUACUACUAUUUACCAAUGCAAGGUCUGGUCAGUUACACAACGCUAUCAAUAUCUGUGAUGAAUCCUCAUUUAAUGGUCAGGUUAUUUCCACGGCGAGAUGUCACUGACCUCUUGUUCCUAUCAGCUGGUGGUGGAGCAGGGCUUUGGCUCUGGGCCCGUCCCCACAUGGCAGCGGCAGUGCCAGCAAGAAGAUUCUCCUGGGCAUUCCUCGGGGGGUGCCUCUGGCCUCUCGGCUCAAUAUUCUUGUGGGCUAUACUGAGGAGCUCAGUUGGACAAAGGCCGGUAAUCGGCACUUUUCUCGGAGUGACCACAGGAGCAAUGCUAACUAAUAUUGCACUUGACUACUUCCACUAUGUAGAGCUAAUGUUCUGCGGGGAGGUGCACCUUCCUGAUGAAGUGUACAGCCCUAAUAGUGAUGACGAGAAAUAUGACAUUGAUAUCUAAGAAGUGAAUUCAUCUGUGUCAAUGUAUAAAUGAUGUAAAUAGUGUCUGGGUUGAGCAGUAAAUUCAGAUGUCAAGACGAUUGAAGCAAAGCAGCUAAAAAAGGAUGCUGAGCUUCAGGAAUUUAAUACAUUGACCCACUUGUUCCUUACUCUAUCGCAUACACAUAAUUAUAUCACUGUCCCGCUUGCACAAUGUCAUUGAACAUGGGCGAGACAGCAAUAUAAUUACAUGCGUGCAAGUGAGUUAAUGUACACAAUUCCUCAUGGUAAGUGUCCUUUCUUUAUUUUCGUCUAGACAUAGAGAAUUUGAAAUAGAGGUGGAUUGUCAAAGAAAACUUUGUAGCCACAGUAAAUUUACUGCCAUCUUUGACACAUGAUUGGAACGAAACUUUUAAAAUGCCGUUUGAGUUUGAUCCUUAAUUUUUCACUGAUAUGUGAAUUUGUUAAAUAUCAAAAAGUGGCGCCAUUUUACCAGGCAUAGGCCAAAUCCAAGACAACAUUGCUCAAAAUGAUGCCGCCACACCUUUGAUGAUCUAAAUAUUAGACGGUGCCACUUUUUGAUAUUUCACAAAUUGAACACAGAAAGAAUAAAGAUCAAGGACAAAUGGCGUUCUAAACGUUUCAAUCAUGUGUCAAAAGAUGGCAGUAAAUUUACUAUGGCUACAAAGUUUUCUUUGACAAUCCACCUCUUUUCAAAUUCUCUGGUCUAGAUGAGUAAUCAGUUAUUUUGACAGCUGAUUUCACUUCAGUCUAAGUUUGUGUGCACUAAGUUAGAUUAAGAUUUUGCCAUAAGAAUAACUUUGGCAUUUUGGGUAUUUCCUAAGUGUUGCACAAUUAAUUUGUAUCAUCAAAGCAUUCAUUCACUUCUAAUUAUAAAGUAGUAAGCUUUUUCACCAAUGUUUGGAGGUAUUGGAAUAGAUGUAAUAAAUUAUGAAUGUGCUUGACGUUGUUUAAUGUUUCUGUUAAUAUUAAUUCAUAUAUUAUAAUUUUGGUUUGAAGUCAUAAGAAUUCUAGUCUUUCCCGAAUACUUGUGCUUGUUUGUUAUUGUAUUUAAUUUUUUGUUAUAAUUCUAAGCCCUAAACUAUAAGAAAUAUAGUAUCAAGACAUGGAUUUAUUUUUUGUAGCUGCUGUACAAAGUGAAGAUUUAUCAUAAGGGCCAAUUACAUGCACACUCGCUAUCAGGCCCAAUGUCAGUUCCGACGUCGGAGCUGAGCAAGAGCAUUUUUCCAUUUCACCAAAUAUCAGCACAUCAUCAACAAUAUUUGAAAUGUAAGAAAAUGGUUCAUAUGCAAAAAUAUCAACUAUUUAACAUUUUUGGCAAUUAGAGACAAAGUAUUUUUCACAUGUCAAAUAUUGUUUAAGAUGUGCUGAUAUUCCGUGAAACGGAAAAGUACUCUUGCUUGGGCCCGACGUCGGGACUGAUAGCGAAUGUGUGUGUAAUUGGCCCUAUAGUAGGUAUAAUAUUAUUUUAAGAUUUUUGUCAAACAUGCUUCAAUAAAAAUUGUUUAAAUUAUAAUUAAAAUAA